GUGUUUUGGAAGAGAGCUAUCUUUUUUAAAUCGUUAGAAUGGAAACAUGACGAAAAGUGCGAAAUGGCGGAGGUUUAAAGACAAAAUGGCGGAUUGUUUUUCCAUAAUUCAGACUAGUUAAUAGUUUCGCAUAUAAUUACUGUGAAUGGUAUUCAGUGUUAUCUAGAUGAGUACUAUUUAAUUUUAAAACAUCAGAUGAUAUUUAGAACUUAUGGAAGUCCGCUCACAUCUUUCAUUCAUAUGGACCUUAUUUACAUUUUGUUUUAUUGUCAAUGGUGUAUACAUCGAGGAAAAUGCAUACAAAGGCAUAUCCAUUUCAUUUCCCAGUAAAAUAAGGAAGGAACAAGUAGAUUUCGAAAAACUUAAGAAAGUUCUCACAAAAUCAUCUGAAUAUCUUUAUUACGCCACAAGAAAUCUUUCAUACUAUGAUGAGUUCAUUAUAGUUGUGCCCUCUGAAUGGACGGGUGUAAAUGACUGGUGUGAAGUGAACGUGACAGAGGUACCACGAAGCGUUGAUAUCUACAUUACAGAUUUAGCUGAAGAUUCCACCAUUCUGAAAGCCCAACAUAGCAAAGAAUGCGGAAGUACUGGAGACAUAAUUUAUAUGCCUUUAGCCUGGUUGAAAGGAAAUGAUAUUGAUGAACUGGCACUUCAGUUCGUUCAGCAAUGGUCAAUCUUUCGAUACGGUGUCUUUGAAGAAAAUCCAGAUGCAAAUAAUGCCUGCUUUGCUACAAGAAAGAACACAUGGUCUCCAGUUGGAUGCUACAGCAAAAAAAUAGAUUACGAAAACAUAAAUUUUGAAGAUGGACUUCCAGUCUGUUCUUUUCCUGAGAAUUUCUUCAACGAAACAGAUUUAAAAUCUUCCUUGAUGUUCAUGAAUGUAUCUAAGGUUUUAGACUACUGCGAUGGUUCUACACACUUUCCUCAUAAUCCUGUGAUGCCAACUCUCCAUAAUAAUUUGUGCCACGGCAGAACUGUUUGGUCAGUCAUCACUAGUUCUGAGGAUUUUAGGCAAAUGAAAAAUCCAUCAAGAACAGACAUAAAGCCUCCCACUGUAACUACUUUCAAGUGCCUAAGUGAACCUAAACUUCAAGUAAUCUUUGCCGUUCAAAAUGGUUCAACAACAGACUUGAGUAAGGAAAUGACAGCAAUUAAAUACUCCUUCAUUCACUUUCUCUCGCAUUUGGCUCCAGCAGAUGUAAAAUUGAAUUUGGUCACAUUCUCCAACGAAACUGUAACAGAAGCGCAAACAGCCGUAGAACUCGAUGCGACUUCCAAAGAUCUUGAAGACACCUUAAACACCUACGUUAUUACCGAGGAACUUGUAAACACUAGUGUCUCAAAAGUACAGCCAUACACUUCCUAUCGUACUGCUGAUUGCUUGGAAGAGUGCUCUGACUGGCUUGAAAGUGUCUAG